AUGUGGGCUUCUCAAUUCUUGUGUCUUGCCUUGCAAGCAACAGGGGUCUUGUCGCGUCCUGCUGAACCUCUCCUCCAAGAGUACCCAUCGCCACAAGGCAAAGGCAGAGGUGUCUGGAAAAGCGCCUACUCCAAAGCCCAAGACUUUGUUUCACAAUUGACGAUUGAAGAAAAAGUCAAUGUCACGCGUGGAUUUGCCGCCGACAACGUCUGCGCUGGCAACACUGGAACGAUACCGCGCUUAGGAUGGCCAGGAUUGUGUCUCCAUGAUGCCGGCAAUGGCGUCAGAGCAACGGAUCUCGUUAACUCAUACCCCUCUGCUUUACAUGUUGGUGCAAGCUGGGAUAAGAACUUGACAUAUCAGAGGGGUUACUAUAUGGGGAAGGAGUUCAAGGCUAAAGGAGUAAAUGUCCUACUUGGCCCCAACGUUGGACCUUUGGGGAGAACACCGCUUGGUGGUCGUAAUUGGGAAGGCUUCUCAGUCGACCCUUACCUCACAGGCAAGCUGAGUGCGGAAUCUAUCAUAGGUCAUCAGGAUGCUGGAGUCAUUGCCAACGUCAAGCACUUUAUCGCCAACGAACAAGAAACCUAUCGCCGCCCUUACCAUGGCAUCGAGGCAGUCUCCUCCAACAUUGACGACAAGACUCUUCACGAGUACUAUCUCUGGCCCUUUGUUGAUUCUCUCAAGGCUGGUGUUGCAUCAGUCAUGUGCUCUUACAACCGUGUGAACGGAACGUACGCCUGUGAGAACAGCAAAUUGAUGAACGGAAUCCUCAAGUCCGAACUUGAGUUCGAUGGGUUUGUGCUGUUGGAUUGGAACGCCCAGCACAACCUUGAAAGCGCAAACUCGGGACUCGACAUGGUUAUGCCCAUGGGCGGAUUCUGGGGAGAGAACUUGACCAUGGCAGUCGAAAAUGGCACUGUCAAGGAGGACAGAGUUACCGAUAUGGCCACAAGGAUUCUUGCUGCCUGGUAUCUCGUCGGUCAAGACAAUGACUUCCCAACUCCAGGCAUCGGCAUGAAGAACCUCUCCCUUCCUCAUGAGCAGGUAGAAGCACGAAUCCCCGAAUCACGACCAACCUUGCUCGAAGGCGCCAUCGCAGGACAUGUACUUGUCAAGAAUGAGAACAACACGCUUCCUUUCAAGAAGAACCCCAAGAUGAUCUCCGUCUUUGGAUAUGAUGCUACGGUUGCUGCAUCCAAGAACACUGGCAAAUUGUUUGAGCUUGGGUAUGCAUCUUCGCCAGAAAUGGCACAAGCUGUUCUUGGCGAUGAACAUCAUUUCGAUCAAGCUGCCAGAGGAGGAACCAUUGUCUCCGGUGGACGAGCUGCUGCCAAUUCGCCCCCAUACAUCAGCGAUCCCCUCAGUGCUAUCCAGCAAAGAGCCUCUAAAGACGGAGGUUGGGUCAACUGGGACCUGUCUUCCCCUGAUCCGGAUGUCAACGGCGCAAGCGACGUCUGCCUUGUCUUUAUCAACGCCAUGGCAACCGAAGGUUGGGACCGUGACGGUCUCCAUGACGACUUCAGCGAUGGUCUUAUCCUCAACGUCGCGUCCAAGUGCGCAAACACUAUCGUGGCCAUUCACGCGGCUGGUAUUCGUCUGGUCGACCAGUGGAUCGAGCAUCCCAACAUCACAGCUACCAUCAUCGCUCAUCUUCCUGGCCAAGACAGUGGCGACGCACUGGUGAAGCUCCUCUACGGCGAGGCCGACUUUUCAGGAAAGCUACCUUACACCAUGGCGAAGAACGAGAGCGACUACACACCAUACGAGCCCUGUGGGCGAGAGGGAGAUAGCGCAGACCCUCAGUGCGAUUUCACGGAGGGUGUCUAUCUUGAUUACCGCUCUUUUGAUGAUCGGGAUAUCACACCGAGGUACGAGUUUGGAUUUGGUUUGAGCUACACCAAGUUCGACUACUCUUCACUUUCCGUCAAGGUUGGUCAAACAGGAUCAGCCGCUACUGGUGAUCUCUGGGAAACAUAUGCCACUGUUCAAGCAACAGUUUCCAACAUCGGUGAGAGGAGUGGUGAAGAGGUCGUCCAACUCUAUGUUGCUAUACCCAACAGUCCACCCAAGCAACUCCGAGGCUUUGAAAAGGUGAAGCUGGACAAGGGUGACUCAGUAGAGAUUCCAUUCGAGAUUAUGAGACGAGACCUUAGCGUCUGGGAUGUCGUCAAGCAGGAUUGGGUACUACAGUCUGGCAACUACACAAUCUUCGUCGGCGGAAGCAGUCGCAAUCUCCCAUUGAAGGAGUCCUUCACCAUCAAUAAUUAA